AUGGAGAAAGAAACAGUCACAACUCUGCUCAGUGGCACUGGCGGUCCAGCCCCACGGCUGUGUCGAGCCAGCCUGGCUGGUCUCAUGGUUUUGCGUCUGGGAUUCCUGAUCUUAGGAGCCGCAACGGUUUGGCGGGACGAGUCGGCGGACCUGCGGUGCAAUUCCACCCAGCAGAGCUGCCUCAUUGCUUGUUGGGAUGAAGCCUUUCCUAUCUCCCCUUUGAAUCUCUUCCUGUUGCAGGCGGCCAGCCUCCUCACCCACAGCUUGGCCUGCGUGUUCCUGUAUCCCUCCCUGGACGUCCAGGGCAAGUGCCUUGGGGGGCAGAGCCAGCCCUGGGGCGGUGGUCUAGAGCUCAGGUUGCAUUUGGUCAACCUCUUGGCCAAGACUCUUCUGGAAGGUCUCUUCGUGGUGACCUUCCACAGCCUCUACAGCCACUAUCCAGAGACCCUCUAUUUCCCCCCUUCUGUAUCUUGUCCUGAAGCCACACAGUGUACGAUCCAGGCAGCCAACUGGAAGGCGGCAUUCAGCCUCUUCAUAGCGGCGACCUCCUGGGCUUCUAUCGCAGUGGUCGUCAUUGCUUUGUGUCUUGCGAUCAGGGAAAUGCUCCAAACCACCUUCUCGGCCUGCAAAAUGUCAUCAAUUGGAACGCCUCUCCUUCGUUCAGUGUGUUCUCUGCCUUCCAAGUGGGACUUUAUGUGGAAAGGAUCUUCUAGUGGGGUUCCAGUUUAA